AUGUCGGACUUCUCUCGCGAUGACCAUAACUACUUAUCCGCCCGAGAGCGCAAGAGCGAUGAGAUCGGAUACGACAGGCCACCCGUUGCUGAUUCUUCGGCCAACUUGGAGGCGCCGGCCGUAGUGGAUGACCAACCGAACUACACAGUCUUCACAAAAUGGGAGAAACGCGGCAUAGUAAUGGGCGCCGCUGCUGGCGCAUUCUUCUCGCCGUUGACGGCCCAGAUUUACUUUCCGGCCCUGAAUCUACUGGCCACUGACUUUAAUGUGUCCAUAACACAGAUCAACUUGACAGUCACAACUUACAUGAUAUUCCAAGGUAUUACACCUAUGUUUAUUGGAUCCUUCGCCGACAGCACUGGACGACGGCCGGCCUAUCUGAUAUGCUUUAUUAUUUACAUCGCAGCCAACAUCGGCUGCGCAUUAGCACCAAACUACGUUGCCCUAUUAAUCCUGCGAAUGGUGCAAUCUGCUGGUUCCAGCACAACAGUUGCCCUCUGUCAAGCCGUGGUUGGGGAUACUAUCACGUCAGCUGAACGUGGAAAUUAUGUCGGUUUCACCGCAGUGCCUAUUAUCCUUGCCCCCGCCCUGGGUCCAGUCGUCGGCGGCCUGAUCUCACAGUUUCUAGGAUGGCGUUGGAUAUUCUGGCUACUCACCAUUUUGGCGGGUGUCGUAUGUAUUCUCUACGCCUUCUUCAUGCCGGAAACCUGCCGAAAUAUUGUGGGCAAUGGGUCUAUUCGACCACAUCCGUUUUACCGCUCCUUUUGGCAGCUUACAAAAGAUGGCCUGCGAGUGAGACGCGCCAGGAAGAACCCUACCGAUUUGGCUCUCCAUCCUGCAACUUCUCAGGUGUCCACGAAGCAUCGCCUUCGCCUUCGCCCGCCCAACCCCCUUCGCAGUCUUCAAAUUCUUUUCGAGCUCGAAAUGUUCCUGCUUCUGGGCUAUGGCAGCAUCAUAUUUGCGGGUUUCUACGCAAUAGCGACUGCCAUGCCCGCACAGCUUGCCGACGGAUACGGCUACGAUGAACUCACAAUUGGAUUGAUGUAUUUGCCUCUAAGUGGCGGGGCCGUGGUUGCCGCCGUAGUUGUGGGGAAGCUUAUGAGUUGGAACUACCGCCGGCACUGCAAGAAACUGGGCGUCCCCUUUGAUCGAAGCAAGCAGCAAAACAUGACAGGCUUUCCCAUCGAGAAGGCUAGAUUGGAAUUCGGUAUUAUGUUCCUGGCUUUCUCUAUUCUAAUUAUCCUUCCCUGGGGUUGGGCGAUCCAGUACCAUGCCCAUGUGGCAGUGCUAUGCGUGCUGUUGUUUCUACUAGGUUUUGGAAUGAUAGGACUCAGCAACAUGGCAACUACGCUCAUCGUUGAUCUUAACCCGGGACAUGCGGGGGCUGCCAUUGCGAGCAAUAACCUCGCCCGCUGUCUCGUCGGCGCCGCGGCCAGUGCGGUCAUCGCGCCCAUGAUCAAGGGCAUUGGAAGCGGAUGGUCAUUUAUCAUCUUCGGCGUGCUCUAUCUUUCUGGUAUGCCAGUAUUGUGGAUUAUUAUGCAUAACGGAGUGAGGUGGCGGAAGGAGAAGGAGGACAGGAGACGGGCUAAGAAGUAG